AUGAGGAAAAUCCUCUUAAAUUACUUCACCGGUACUUUGCCACCAUUCCUUGGAGAUUUGACUGCGCUGCAAUAUUUGGAUGUUGGCCACAAUACAUUUCAUGGGACCAUUCCGAAGGAGCUAGGAAGCCUUAAGAAUUACGCUGUGGGAUCAAAUAAUUUAUCUGGAUCACUCCCCCCAGAACUUGGUAACUUGCUCAACCUUGAGCUAAUUUACAUCGACAGUUCUGGAAUAAGCGGUGAAAUUCCAUCCGAAUUUAGUAAUCUUCGAAAAGUGCGAGUCUUGGAUGCUUUGGACACUCCUUUUUCAGGGAAGAUACCAGACUUCAUUGGCAACUGGACAAAGUUAACAAAUUUGACUUUACAAGGUAACUCUCUUGAAGGUCCCAUACCAUCCAGUUUUUCUCAGUUGACCUCAUUGGAAUCCCUGCGAAUUGGCGAUUUAUACACCGGAAGUUCUACCCUUGAUUUUGUUCAAAAUUGGGAGAACUUAACUGAGUUAAUUCUAAGAAAUGCAUUGGUUUCUGGUCCCAUACCACCUCCUAUUACCGAACUCCGACGUCUAAAAACGCUGGAUUUGAGUUUCAAUAGGUUAACAGGAACGAUUCCUAGUUUGCUGUUCAACCUGAGUAAUCUGACAUACUUAUUUCUUGGAAACAAUAGCCUAUCUGGAUCCCUUCCCGAUGAAUGGAGUCCCAAUCUUGAUAAUAUAGAUUUGUCAUACAAUUUCCUGUCGGGACGCUUGCCACGAUGGGUCGGCUCGCUAUCGCACUUGAACUUAGUGGCUAACAACUUCACAUUGGAUAACUCAAGCAGAGCAGUUCUUUCUGACCUGUACUGUCUUCAAAGAAACUUUUCAUGCAAUAGAAAUCCCCCCCUCCAUACAAGCUUCGCAAUCAAGUGUGGUGGACCUCAGUUUAAAGGACAUGAUGGCACAGUGUAUGAAGCUGACGAGUUUGUUCUUGGGCCGGCCAAGUUUUAUGUAAUAAAUGAGAUGUGGGCAGUCAGCAAGGUGGGUUUGUUUGCUGACAAAAGAGGUGAUCUAGAUCUCGAAAGCACGAAGGCAGAAGUUACUGGCAGCAAUGAGAACCCAGUGCUUUUCCAAACAGCAAGGAUGACCCCAGGAUCACUAAGAUACUAUGGUCUUGGCCUUGUGAAUGGAAAUUACACUAUAACCUUGCACUUUGCAGAAAUUGGUUUUCCAAAUCGGGACUCAGAGACGUGGCCAGGCCUUGCAAGACGCGUAUUUGAUAUUUAUAUUCAGGGACGUCUAGAACAAAAAGACUUUGAAAUUGCAAAGGAAGCUGGUGGGGUAGAGAAAGCAAAAGUGAAGAACUUCACUGUCACCGUUUCGGAGAACUAUCUUGAAAUCCAUUUGUUUUGGGCUGGUAAGGGAACCUGCUGUAUACCGAGGCAUGGUUACUACGGUCCAUUGAUAGCGGCUCUUCAUGCUAGUUCAGACAAGAACAACAACACAGGGUUGAUUAUAGGUAUUACGGUCCCUGUUGUGGUUGUUGUGGGUCUUAUGUUGGUACUAAUAGUACUUUAUUUUCGGCGAAAAUCAAACAAUGAGGAUGAGGAAGGACUUCUUGGAAUAGGCUGCCACAACGCCGAUGCUUUUAGUUACUCUGAACUACAAGCUGCCACAGGAGACUUCGCAUCUUCAAAUAAGCUAGGAGACGGUGGAUUUGGCCGUGUUUAUAAGGGUACGCUUUCUGAUGGGAGAGAAGUAGCCGUUAAGCAACUUUCAGUAGGAUCUCAUCAUGCAAAUGAACAAUUUGUAUCCGAAAUUGUCACAAUAUCUGUCGUGCAACAUCGCAAUCUAGUGAAACUGUAUGGAUUCUGCAUCGAGGGAAAUCGACGCAUCCUAGUUUACGAGUACCUUAAAAACAAAAGUCUUGAUCAAGCACUAUUUGGAAAGAAUGACUUGCACCUGGACUGGAAGACCCGCUUCAAUAUAUGCUUGGGAACAGCAAGAGGACUUGCUUAUCUUCAUGAGGAAUCCAGACCAAGGAUUGUGCAUCGAGACGUUAAAGCUAGUAAUAUUUUGCUUGAUGAACAACUUUGUCCCAAAAUAUCAGAUUUUGGUUUGGCAAAGCUCUAUGAUGACAAUAAAACCCACAUGAGCACACGAGUUGCAGGGACAAUAGGUUAUUUGGCUCCAGAAUAUGCAUUGCGUGGCCAUUUGACAGAGAAGGCUGAUGUUUUUGGAUUCGGUAUCGUUGCUUUGGAGGUUGUUAGUGGACGACCAAACUUCUAUACCCAGGACAAUGAAAAGAUUUAUCUCCUUGAACGGGCGUGGAGUUUACAUGAAAAUAACGAAAGUUUGGAUCUCAUGGUGGAUCCAUCCUUGGCGGAUCUUGAUGAAAGGGAAGCCGUCAGAUUGAUAAGAGUGGCUCUUCUGUGCACUCAAGCCUCGCCCACGAUGCGGCCGCCAAUGUCACGUGUCGUCGGAAUGCUUGCCGGAGACAUUGAUUUAAUAGACACUGCUAGAUCAAAGCCAACUUAUCUUAGCGAUUUGGAUUUUGAAGAUAAAACUAGUAGCAGCCGUUUUACUCAAAAUGAUAUUACCUCCUCCAUUGCAGCUAACCCCAGUAGCGAUUUUGUUUAA